AUGGUGCGCGGCGCCGCCAAGGCCAUCGCCCAAGAGCGCAACGCCAAGAAACACUCGGGCAAGGACAAGAAGUCCGAGAUCGGCGCCGGCGCGAAGGCGCUCAAGGUGACGUGCCCCAUGUGCAAGCUCCAACUGAUCAAUCAUCACCAACUGAAGGAUCACUACGCGUCGAAACAUCCCAAGGAGACGUGUCCGCCGGCGGAGAGCUUUCAGUAG